AUGGCUCAAACACAAAAUCUCCCGCCCGUCUACGGCGGUCAUCCUGUCUAUCCGGCACCCUCUCUCCCACAGUAUGAACACAACCGACAAGUGCCGCUGCAACCAAACGGCCAGAACAUGCAGACACCGGCCGUCUCUCAAAUCGCAAAGACGAUAUCAGUCGUCAGGGAUGGUUUGAGAUUCUCCUUGGUUGUCGUGCAGCAACCCAUCCGAGCUCGCAUGUGUGGCUUUGGUGACAAGGACCGCAGACCCAUCACUCCUCCACCGUGUGUGCGCCUAGUCGUUGUCAACGAGCAAACAGGCCAGGAAGUUCCAGCAGACCAACUCGACGCCAGCUUUUACAUUCUCCAGGUCGACCUGUGGGACGAGUCAGGCGUGGUCGAGAAGAACAUUGUCAAAGCAGCCACCAAUUCUCCCGCCACUUCCAUCUCAACAGCCACGACUACCUCAUAUCCUCCACCACCAGAGCGCACGGCUUACUAUCCCCAUCAAGUCCCCUACACAGACCCUCGUACCAACCAAAUCGUCGGUUACGGCCCUCCGCCAGGCUAUGCCCAACCUUGGGGAUACCCUCCUCACCCUUCCAUGUCGUCCAUGUAUCCCCCCAGCACUGGCCACUAUGCUCAACCUCAAAUGGGCCCAGGCUAUGCACAAUAUCCUCCCCAACCACAAAUGUAUCCCCAAACACAAUAUCAACAACCAGCCAUGCCACAACAGCCGCAAAGCAGUGGCAUGUUUACCCGCAAUCUCAUUGGCAGUCUUACUGUAAACGCGAAUCAGCUGCGUGAUCCGCAGGGGAAAGAAGGUCACUGGUUCGUCUUGCAGGAUCUCUCAGUUCGCACCGAGGCUGCCUUCCGUCUCAAAAUGAGCUUCUUCGAUGUUGGUGCUGGACUUGGUGAAGGGGGCUCAAAGCUCUCCACCGGCAAACGUCCUGUUCUGGCCACCGUCUUCUCCGAGCCCUUCCAGGUCUUCUCCGCCAAGAAAUUCCCUGGUGUCAUCGAGAGUACCGAGCUCAGCAAAUGCUUUGCAGGACAGGGCAUCAAGAUCCCCAUCAGAAAAGAUGGUGGCAAGCACGAGGGCAAAGAGGAUGAAGAGGAGUAG